ACGCCAGUCUUCUCCAGAAGAACGUCGUCUUCCGUCGUUGUAUUCUCUGAGAACUCGGAACGGAACGACAGAAAUUAAUAUACUUUCGAUUGAAUCAAACAUGGAAUUCACUUCUGUUUAAUCUGCAGCAGUCCACCGGACCAACUCUGUUACCGUCUUCCUUUUGAUCCCUAGGGUUGUAAAGGAAGAGAGAUGGCCAUGGCUCUCUCCCUUGAUUUACAGGACUUUAUUCUCCGGGCAAGAGUGUUGAAACUGUAUAGACAGGCUCUAAGAACUGCUCGCAAAGCUCCUGUUCAUGCUCGAGAGGAAUUGAAGCAUACGAUGAGACAAGAAAUGGAGAACAACCGGAACUGCAAUGAGAGACAGAAAAUAAGAUAUCUGGUGAGUGAAGGAAUAGAGAGAUUGAAGCGUUUAGAUGAGAUGUUGGAUAUGCAGGGUCAUUCAUAAACACAGCUACUUCUUCUAUGAUCUUGAUCCUGGGCAGUUCUUAAGUUUUUUCAUCAUCUUCAUCACUCAGUCACUGAUUAUCGAUACAUGGAUCAUUUUAAAUUUCUGGUAUUUUUGUAUGAUUUUGAUAGUCAGGUCGAGGUUUUUUUUUUUUUUUUUGUUCCUUUUGUGGAUUAUGAAUCCGUAAUUAUAAAUGUUGUCUGAUUUUAUGUUUAGAGUGUGUUUUGGGAGUGAUUUUGGAAUAGAAAAAUUAGAAAAAAAAUCACUUUCUCGAAUAUUGAUGUUUGGAAAAUGCUGAAAUUGAUUUUUCAAUAAUUUGUUGAGAGAUAA